UUUGGAGAUACAACAUUUAUAAGUAUAUUUAGGUACAUAUUUGAGCAUAUCUCUAUAUAAAGUAGAUAUAUAUUUCGAGAGAGAGGAGAGAGAUGGGCAGGCAACCAUGUUGUGACAAAGUAGGGUUAAAGAAAGGGCCAUGGACUAUUGAAGAAGACAAGAAGCUCAUCAACUUCAUCCUCACCAAUGGCCAUUGCUGUUGGAGGGCUCUUCCCAAGCUUUCUGGACUAUUGAGGUGUGGUAAAAGCUGCAGAUUAAGAUGGAUAAAUUAUUUAAGACCUGAUUUAAAAAGAGGUCUUUUAUCAGAAUAUGAAGAACAAAUGGUCAUUGAUCUUCAUGCCCAACUUGGCAAUAGAUGGUCAAAAAUUGCCUCUCAGUUACCUGGAAGAACUGACAAUGAAAUAAAGAACCAUUGGAACACACACAUAAAGAAAAAACUAAAGAAGUUGGGUAUUGACCCUCUGACCCAUAAGCCUCUCUCUGAACAAGAAGCUUCACAACAAGCUCAAGGGAGGAAGAAAAGCUUAGUGCUUCAUGAUGACAAGAGCCCAAAACAAGAUCAAGAAGAUAAGCAAACCAAAAAAGACAAACAAGAUCAACAUCAUACAGAGCAAGAUUUGGAGAAGAACAUCACAUCAGCUUCUAGUGAUGGGUUUUGCAUUGAUGAAGUCCCAUUGCUCAGUCCCCAUGAGAUCUUGAUCGACAUCACUUCUUCUCAACAACAUCAUACUAAUGAUGAUAAUGUCAAUAUAAACACUAGUAAAUUUACGUCGCCUUCUUCCUCUUCCUCUUCUACCUCGUCGUGUGUAUCAUCAGUAGUACCGGGUGAUGAGUUCUCUAAGUUUUUGGAUGAAAUGGAGAUUAAUCUUGACCUAAAGUGGCUCUCCUCCGAUGAUUCUUCAGGGGAAAAUAUUAGCAAAGACGGCAAGUUCAACAACACUGUUGAUACGAUGGACUUNGGGGAAAUUAGCAAAGACGGCAAGUUCAAUAACACUGUUGAUACGAUGGACUUGUGGGAUAUCAAUGACUUGAACAGUUUGGAUAUAUUUCUGAAUGACGACGACCAUGAUGGUGCUUUUGUUGGAAAUGGUAAUGGAUGUUCAAGAAUGGUUUUAGAUCAAGAUUCAUGGACAUUUGAUCUCCUCUAGCUUUUAGUGUUUCUAUAUUAGAUUUUGUUUUUGUUUGUUUGUUUGUUCUUGAAGUCGGGGAUAUGGGUUUGGCCUUGGGUGUUGCAAUUUAGUGGAUUAUUAGGUGUAAAAUACAUAUAAUAAAUUAAGAUUGCAAUUCUGAACA